CACUGACUAUUACUUAGUCUUGUGUAUUGUCGUUCAAGAUGCCUGUACAAGUCUACAAUGUCCCGAUUAUUUUGCCAAGUUUGCGAAGAGAAGAGUCCAUCCACCAGAUUAUUGACUCUUUGGAGUAUCUCGAGAAAAUCACAGAAGACAUAUUUUCUAAAAUCAGCUCAAGAGUUGGCGAAAAUCGUGAGAGACUCGCUUCCUUGAAUCAAAGGGUGGACCUUGCACAGGCCAAAAUAGACAGAAUAAAAGGAAUUAAAAAAGCUACAAGAGUAUUUUCAAGCGCUAAAUACCCAGCUCCACCGAAGCUGGAACCGUACAAAUCUCUGUACUCGACGGAGAAUGAUCUYGAAGAAAUCAAACGACAGAAUUACCGUCUAAACUCAAAGUUUACUGCAGUGGAUGAGAAGAUCAUGAAAGAAAAACUACAGUUCUACAAUGUAAACUUGGACAUCAAGAAAAAGAACGAUGAAACCAAAGAAGAAGGCCUUGGUUCUAUUCCUAAAAACCUUCAUUCUGUCAGUUCACUUCUUCUGUUCAAUACUACUGAAAACCCAUACAAGAAGUAUGUGAUGUUAGAUCCAUUGUCUGGAGCUGUUACCAAGACAAGGAGUAAUAUAGAAGAAGAACAGGGAAUAGGUGCUGCUCCAAUCACUAUCACGCAAGGAGAUGAGAUUGAUAGAUUAGCAGCAACUAAUUACUUUUAUGUUCCUAAUCUUGGCGAGGUACCAGAGAUUGAUGUACCAGUGUAUUUACCAGAUUUGCCUGGUAUUGCAGAUGACUUGGCAUACAGUGCUGAGCUUGGGCCAUCCAUUGCACCCUCAGUUCCACAAGGACUAGACCUUCCUGAAAUAGCUGAAAUAGAAGUUCCAAAGAUAGACCAAGGGGCUCCACCCCCACCACCACCACCACCAGCUGAUGCAGGACCAGCACCACCACCCCCACCUCCACCACCAGGAGGUGUCCCACCUCCUCCUCCUCCACCCCCUCCUCCUCCUCCUGAAGGGGUUCCUGCAGCUCCUCCACCACCUCCGCCAUCAACAGAAAUAGCUGCAGCUCCAACAGCUGCACCAGAAAAUAUACCAGAAGAAGUUCAAUCUGAUGGGCGUGCAAGUCUCAUGGAUGCAAUCCGUAAAUCUGGUGGCCGUUCAGGCGCAAAGCUUAGAAGUGCCAAAGAGAGAAAAAUGAAAAAGAAAGCAGAGAAGGAACAAGCUGCAGUUUCAUCUGCUGGUGGAGGAGACCUCAUGGGAGAUUUGUUUGCAAAACUUUCAAUGAGGCGUAAAGGUAUUUCUGGAAGUAAAGGAGAAGGUUCUGGGUCCAGUGCAGCAGGUAAUUCAUCUGGAAGUACAGGUGGUGGCUCGGCAAUGGAUAAGAUCUCUGCUAUGAUUCCAUCUCCUCCUAAAUCCAGUCGAGGAGAAUCAGUCAGAUCCAAUGACAGUGAUGACUGGGAUGUCUAGGAAAUUUCUACUUGUAUAUAUUGUUAUAGAGAAUGUUUAAAAAUAUAUCAUGAAAUUAUCCCCAUUUAGAUAAAACUACCAAAUGUUCUUUUUGAAUCCAAAUCAAGACUUUGAUAUAUGAAGCAAGAUAUUGUCAUUGUUAAGGAAUAUUGUUUUUAUCAAGGGAAUUGCUAAGACUGUCACUUUUUUAAGUUCCAAAUUUUUUGCAUAUCAAUUAAGCAACUUUUGGCAAGUUGGAUAUCUUAGAAAGGUAUUUUCCUGCACACGCCAUUGUAAGCACUACUUCCUGAUCAUAUGGGAAGUGGUUAAAAUGAUAUAAUGAAAAGAAAAAAAAAAGAGUGAGUGAAUGCUGUGUGCAAUCAUAAAGCUCUUGGUGAUUGGCAGAACAAAAAAGAAGUGUUAAAAGCAUGUUGGGGAGCAGAGUGCUUCUAGUCUGUUCUGCCUAGACCCUAAAAGAAAAUGCCUAAAAAUAUAUUUUUUUGAUUGAUAUCUUUGAGUGUCAUGAUGACAUAUUUUGUCCUCUGUGAGUGCUUGUUAACUUUCACAUCAUKUAAUAGUCUUGUGCUCAGUUCUAAUGUUUGCAUACUUAAUCAUAAAAAUAAUCCACCUUCCUAGCUCUAAUAUUAAGAUUUGAUAUUAAAAUAACACAUUAGAUUGCCAGAAAAAUUAAUUGCUGUAUUGACAGUAUUCAAUCUGGAUGACUAGGUAUAGAAUUCCAUGUUAUUUUUCCAUAAAAAGCAAACAGCAUGAAUAAUUUGAAAGCCAUGUAACUAAUGUUCAAAUUAUUCAUGCAAUGCCAGGUGUUUGCAAAUCUAAAUAGAACAUACAAAAGUAACCAAGGGAGCAUUACUAUAUUUUUCUAAAGAGGAUUAGCUUGUGAGAUUAUUUCACUCAAUAUUCAUUUUAAUUUGAUUAAAUUUGCAUAAAAUAAGUAUCAUAAUCAACGUUGAUGAUGAGCAAUGCCAAAAUCGUUGUGAAUAAUCGUAAGAAAAUAUAACUACACCUUCAACCAGAUAAAAGAUUAAUGUUGAAAUUAGUAUUUUAAUUUCUACUUAUUUUAAUUACUACUUUGUAAGUAUGUAUUUGAUUGAAAGUGGUUAGGUGCAGAUAUAUUAGUUAAUGAUUUAUCUUGAUAUUACAUAGCCAGAUAAAAUGUUUAUAGUGUAUUAAAGUGAUUAAUCAAGCAUUUGUAUUUUAAAUUAUUUUACAAUCAGUCAACAUUGAAUUUUCAGUUAAACAUGUCUCCUGAUAGUUCUAGAUAUCAAUCAUGAUAUAAAUAGAUAAAAUUCUGGAAUAGACUUAUUAAACUUGAAUCCCAAACUUGAGUCAAGGUCAGAUGUGAGUGUUAGGAAGUGCAUGCCCUCCACGAAAAGUUGUGACUCAUUCCGCAGCAUUUUUUGCAACAAUCAGUAGUACCCUUUUUUACCARUUACACCCUUUGAAUCCUGUCUGAAACAAAUAUUAGACAAUGUAGUACACCAACUGAUUGAAUGUGUUUUGUACCCCUAAAAUGCAUACCCAGUACUGAUUACUCCAUAUUGGUCUAUUAUAUUUGAUAGAUACAUAGAUACAUCAUGGCAACCAAAAAAAAAAAAAAAA